GCACCAUCGCAUUUCGCCGAUCGUAUUGAAGUAAUCCACUACCGUGGGAGCUCAGUUUUAUCGCCACAAUUGCAUAACGUGCGCCAGGUUCAGAUGUGCAUCGACGUUGUUCAAUGUCUGUGUGCUACUUCGGUUACUACAAUAGCGAAGCAGUCAUCAAACGAUUAUAAAUAAAACGCUUGCGAAGAGUAUACGAUAUCAGUGUUAAAUGAUGAUGAGAAAUGAUGUCGGAUUCCUCAUCCAGGCAGUUAGUCAGUGUUUUGUGUUUCAACCAAGUGCAUGGUUCUAGGCGAGUCUAACUACAGUGUAAUUUGUUGAGGAAUAGCAGUCGCAUCGUUCUUUCAGUAUAAGAUGGGUACCGUUUCAAAAAGAAUUAUCCAAUUCUUUGCCAUUGCGUUCGUGAUUGGGCAGACUUUUCAAGAUGAGGUGGCAACGAGCAAUUUCACCGAGUUUAUAAAGCAAUCUAACGAUUUCGCAAUCCAACUGUACAGACAAGUAAGUGCAAAAAGCACGAGCCAGAAUGUGGUACUUUCGCCAUUUUCUAUCAGUACUUGUCUUUCACUUGUCGCCAUGGGUGCAGAUGGAGAAACUGCUGAUGAAAUGUUUCGAGUCUUGCGAUAUGGAGGGGCUGAUCGGAGACAGCAGGUGGCCGAAUCAUACGCACGACUCAUGAAGGUUCUCGAAAGCGAUAAAACCACGACCGUAGCCAACAAGGUGUAUGUAAAGGCGGGAUACAAAGUGCAACCUUCCUUCAAUGAGGUGGCAAUCAACAGUUUCCAGUCAGAAGCACAAGAGCUGAAUUUUACUGAUAACGUGGCGGCUGCGAACACGAUCAAUGAUUGGGUGGAAUCAAAGACGAAAAAGAAAAUCAAGGAAAUCAUUUCCCCUGGUGUGUUGAGCGGUUUUACUGGCAUAGUUUUGAUAAAUGCAGUUCAUUUCCUAGGUACGUGGAAGUACCAGUUCGAAAAGCCUCGCACUCAGCCAAUGCCAUUUUGGAUAAGUGCUACCGAAUCACGAGACGUCCCCAUGAUGAAUAUGCAGACGAACUUCGCGUACAAAAACUUUAAGGAUAAAGGAUUCAGCGCUCUGGAGCUACCCUACAGUGACAAUGGUCCGUCUAUGUUGGUGUUGCUACCGAAUGAUCGCAACGGGUUAGCAGCAUUGGAGGAACAAUUGCCAAGCCUAGAUUUACUGGAAGUUACUUCGCAAAUGUUGCUUAAAAGUAUGCAAAUUUCCCUACCCAAAUUCAAGAUCGAAUUCUCGCUCGAUGUUGAAAACGAUUUGACCGCGCUUGGUAUGCGUCGCAUGUUUAGCGAUUUCGCCGAGUUUCCCAAUUUACUUGAAACAGAUGAGUCGUUGAAGGUAUCAAAAGUCAUCCAUAAGGCAUUCAUCGAGGUGGAUGAGAAAGGUACCGAGGCAACAGCUGUUACAUAUGUGACAAUAGUAACUGCGAGUUCCAUGUCUCUACCACUGUAUACCGAAUUCAGAGCAGAUCAUCCAUUUAUUUAUGUGUUGCUGUCGCGAGAAAAGAAUGUCUACUUUAUUGGAAAAGUGUCAAACCCGGCAUAAAACAUCGUCAGAGAGUACUUUUUCUUCCAAGUACAGCAUUAUUUGAUGUUAUAGGAGCCCGCAGCCCGAAGAAUUAGUAUUUUUCGUUGUUGUAAUAUCUUCCAAUAAAGAAGAAGAAUGCUCUUUUGUAUAAU